AUGGGUCUCUUUAAGAAUGUCAUUGAACCAGCAGCAAUCGUCCUCGUCUUCACAGCCGGAACGAUACUCAACCGCCGGCGCACCAAACUCCCCUCUUCCUCUUCCUCCUCCUCCCACCACACCGUCCGCGAUGUCGAGACUUUACCAGAGUACACGUCUUCUGUCGAGAAGAAGAAGACGGAUAGUAUUCCUUUGUCCGCCUCUUCUUCCUCGGCAUCUUCUUCGUCGUUGACGGAAUCGGCGGCUCAGCGGAGAAAGAAGAGGCAACGAGGGUCGAAAUUGCUCGCGUUUAGGGUCUUGUCGUGGAUAUGUGCGACGUUUCCGUUUUUGAAGGAGAUUUGGUAUUGGCUUUUGACGUACUGGAUCUACCAACUCAGCCGCGCCUUUUCCGCACGCAUCAUCGCCCCCCAUCCCCAAAUCUACCUCCUCGCCAAACACCACGCCCUCCAACUCCUCGCCAUCGAACAAACCCUCCACAUCGACAUCGAGCAGCCCCUCCAGUCCUACAUCCUCACCCACUUCCCCAAGCUCAUGCCCAUCCUCCGCCACAUCUACCAGUCGCACAUCAUCGUCGGCGUCGUCUUCAUCGUAUACACCUACACCGUCCUCCCCGCGCCGCUCUUCCGCCGCAUUCGAAGGACCAUUGCCAUGGACAACCUCAUUGCCUUUGUCGUCAUCUCCCUGUGGAGGUGCUACCCGCCUAGGAUGCUGCCCCCGGAGUUUGGAUUCGUGGAUAUAUUGCAUGCGUCGAAGCAGACCGUCUGGACGGACAAUCGGUUCCGGCUGACGAUUGCCGCGAUGCCGAGCUUGCAUUUCGGGACGUCGCUCUUCUUCGCGGUGUGUCUUGCGAGGUUCAGUCCCCAUGUGCUUGUUCGCGUGCUGGCGCCGCUGUGGCCGCUGGCCAUGUUUGUCACGGUUGUGGCGACGGCGAAUCACUUCGUGCUGGAUCUCGUUGCGGGAGCCGUCGUGCCGCUGCUGGGGUGGCGGUGGAACAGGGCGUUGUUGGUGCUGGAGAGGGUGCAGGAGUGGGUGUUUGCGCCGCUGGUCGAGAGGAUGGAUCCCAAGGUUGGCGUUUGGGAGUGA